CAAUCCAUUUUUAUAUUUUCUCUUAUUCCUUUUCAGGUGAACUUCUAGAUCCAUGUGGUUAUAUCAAACCUGAAUCUCCAGUUGUACAACUUGGUUCUAAUUUCACUGCGGUUUGUGUGCUAAAAGAAAAAUGUAUGGAUUAUUUUCAUGUAAAUGCUAGUUAUAUUUUCUGGAAAACAAACCAUCUUACUGUUCCUAAAGAACAGUAUACCAUCAUAAACAGAACAGCAUCUAGUGUCACGUUUACAGAUACAUCUUUAUUAAAUACUCAGCUCACUUGCAACAUUCGUACAUUUGGACAGAUUGAUCAGAAUGUUUAUGGAAUCAGAAUAAUUUCAGGCUUGCCUCCAGAAAAACCUAAAAAUUUGAGUUGCAUUGUGAAUGAAGGAAAGAAAAUGAUGUGUCAGUGGGAUCCUGGAAGGGAAACAUACCUGGAAACAAACUUCACUUUAAAAUCUGAAUGGGCAACAGAGAAGUUUGCUGAUUGUAAAACAAAACGUGACACUCCCACCUCAUGUACUGUUGAUUAUUCUCCUGUGUAUUUUGUCAACAUUGAAGUCUGGGUAGAAGCAGAGAAUGCCCUUGGGAAGGUUACAUCAGAUCAUAUAAAUUUUGAUCCUGUAGAUAAAGUGAAACCCAAUCCGCCACAUAAUUUAUCCGUAAGCAACUCAGAGGAACUGUCCAGUAUCUUAAAAUUGACAUGGAUCAACUCAAGUAUUCAGGGUUUUAUAAGACUGAAAUACAACAUUCAAUAUAGGACCAGAGAUGCCUCAAUUUGGAGCCAGAUUCCUCCUGAAGAUACAGCAUCCACCCGAUCUUCAUUCACUGUCCAGGACCUUAAACCUUUUACAGAAUAUGUGUUUAGGAUUCGUUGUAUGAAGGAAGAUGGUAAAGGAUUCUGGAGUGACUGGAGUGAAGAAGCAAGCGGUAUUACAUAUGAAGAUAGACCAUCCAAGGCACCAAGUUUCUGGUAUAAGAUAGAGCCAUCCCAUACUCAUGGUUAUAGAUCUGUACAACUCAUAUGGAAGACAUUGCCUCCUUUUGAAGCCAAUGGAAAAAUUUUGGAUUAUGAAGUGACUCUCACAAGAUGGAAAUCACGUUUACAGAAUUACACAGUUAAUGACACAAAAUGGACAGUAAACAUCACAAAUGAGCGUUACAUAGCAACUCUCACAGCAAGAAAUCUGGUUGGCAAAUCAGAUGCAGCUGUUUUAACUAUUCCUGCUUAUAAUUUUCAAGCUACUCGCCCUGUAACGGAUCUUAAAGCAUUUCCCAAAGAUAAUAUGCUUUGGGUAGAAUGGACUGCUCCAAAUGAAUCUGUAAACAAAUACGUACUUGAGUGGUGUGUAUUAUCAGAUAAAUCGCCCUGUAUCCCAGACUGGCAACAAGAAGAUGGUACUGUACACCGCACCUAUUUAAGAGGUAUACCUGGCUAGAAAAAAUUUUAAAUUGAUAUCCUUAGACAGCUUUUUCUUUCACAUAUUUUUGUGUGCUUUACAGAUGUUGUGGUCCCCUGAAAAGAUCUUCAAUUUAUCAGUUACUAGUUACAUCUGGUUUGCCAGAUGUGUGACUCUCACCAGGUCGCAUAUAACCUCAUUCAUUUGCAGGGUCUGUUUAUGGACAAAGUGGGGCUAAUAGUAUCUUCUCUUUAGAGUUAAGUGUUUUGAUCUCAAAGGAACACUUAAAAAACUAUAAAGAGAACUAUAAGGUAAUAUGACCUCUGCUUGUAAUUAGUUGCAUUUUUUCUAUACCUGAUUUAACUCCUCAUCCUGCAAUGAGAAAAUAUUUUCCUGUAGCAUCUGAAUGACUUGUUAAACCCUUAAAGCUUUUGAAUAGGGGAAGCAGAAUUGGAACUCAGAUUUCCUUGUCUUUUAACUGGAAGUUGUAAUGGACAGAAAGUAAUGAUGUUGUAGAGCUCCAAAAUGGUGGAUUGCCCUGCGUUUUAAGGUACAACUUAACUCUGUGGCUUUGAAGUGAUAAAACAGCUUUAAAGAGAAAACACUCAGCUUGUAUGUUUUUGUUUUAUUUUAGUCAAGAAGGAGAACCAUUAGAAUUCAGCUAUGAAUAAUAUGAUUAAUUAGAGAAAAGCUGUAAACAAGGACAUAUCUGCCAUAAAGUUUGUUUUAUUUAUAAAAUAGGCUAUUUGGCCCUCGUUAACCUCUUAUUUAAUAGACAAUUUUAAUAAAUUUGGCUGUUUAGUUUAUCAGCCUUAUCAAAAGCAAGGUGGAGCUAGAGAGAAGAUGCACGUUGGUAGGAACUAGACAAUAGAAAUGUUUUUAAGAAAGCAUAGCAUCAUCUCCAGAGACCUUCAGGUUGCACAGGGAGCCCCAAUAGCUCAUAGCUCUGAUAACAUCACUGUAUUACAGCAGAGUUUAACACUUAAUUCAUCUUCUUGAUAAUAUUGAGUCAUCAAGAAAAAGUGAGAUUACUCUGUUUAAGAAAGCAAAGAAGCAUAUAUAACUUUAUGAGUAAUAGUUGAGGAAAUAAAAGUUCUUGUUGAAUGUAUAAACUUCAGUAUAACAAAUACCUUAUUUUCUGAUGUGGACAGAUAGAAUUCUAUAUAAAAAGAUUUUAAAAAAGAUUUUACUAUUGUGUAUUAAAGGAAUAGAUUACUUUGUUAAUUUGAAGAGAUUAUUUAAAAAUUUUUUUUUACCCUUUGGAGGAAAUAGUACUAAUUCUUUUCUUCCCAGUCACCUUACAAACCAGGGCCAUUUCCCUAGCUCUUACCAGUGGGUCUUUAGGUAGUUUUCUGAGAAUUAGUUAAGAUGUACAAACACUGAAGCUAUAAGACCAAGGAUAAUUUGAAAUCAAUGUUUUAUAAGUCCUGGAUGUAAAUAUAAUAAUUACUUUUACUGAUAAAUAUUUCCACCAUAUUGGCAAUAAAAGUAAGCUUUUACUUUCAUAAAUAGCUUUACUCUAUUAAGCUUGAAUCCAGUACACAAAAAGCAACGCUUACUUUAAAGAUUUUAUUUAUUUAUUUGAGAGAGAGCGAGAGAGGGAACACAAGCAGGGAGAGUGGGAGAGGGAGAA